CGGCCCCCAGCGCGAGCGGCGAUGGCGGCGGCGGCGGGAGCUGCAGCGGCGGCGGCCGCCGAGGGGGAGGCCCCUGCUGAGAUGGGGGCGCUGGUGUUGGAGAAGGAGCCCAGAGGAGCCCCGGAGAGAGUUCAUGGCUCUUUGGGGGAUGCCCCUCGUAAUGAGGAGACGCUGCCCAAGACCAACCCUGACUCUCUAGAGCCUGCUGGUCCCUCAUCCCCUGCCUCUGUUACAGUCACCGUGGGCGAUGAGGGUGCUGACACCCCCGUAGGGGCCACACCACUUAUUGGGGAUGAGCCCGAGAAUCUAGAUGGAGACGGUGACCUCCACGGGGGCCGCAUCCUGCUGGGCCAUGCCACAAAGUCAUUUCCCUCUUCCCCCAGCAAGGGGGGUGCUUGUGCCAGCCGGGCGAAGAUGUCUAUGACAGGGGCUGGAAAAUCACCCCCAUCCGUUCAGAGUUUGGCUAUGAGGCUACUGAGUAUGCCGGGGGCCCAGGGGGCAGCAGCAGCCGGGCCUGAACCCCCUCUGGCCACAACCAGCCCCGAGGGGCAGCCUAAGGUCCACCGAGCCAGGAAAACCAUGUCCAAACCCGGAAAUGGACAGCCCCCGGUCCCCGAGAAGCGGCCCCCUGAAGUGCAGCAUUUCCGCAUGAGCGAUGACGUGCACUCGCUGGGGAAGGUGACCUCAGACAUGGCCAAAAGGAGGAAACUGAACUCUGGAGGUGCUCUGUCCGAGGAGUUGGGUUCUACCCGGGGUUCGGGAGAAGUGACCCUGGAGAAGGGGGACCCCAGGUCCCUGGAGGAGUGGGAGACGGUGGUGGGGGACGACUUCAGCCUCUACUAUGAUUCCUACUCUGUGGAUGAGCGGGUGGACUCUGACAGCAAGUCUGAGGUGGAAGCUCUGACCGAACAACUGAGUGAGGAGGAGGAAGAAGAAGAGGAGGAGGAAGAGGAGGAGGAGGAGGAAGAUGAGGAGGAGGAGGAGGAAGAAGAGGACGAGGAGUCAGGGAAUCAGUCGGAUCGGAGUGGUUCCAGUGGCCGCCGCAAAGCCAAGAAGAAAUGGCGGAAGGACAGCCCGUGGGUGAAGCCAUCACGGAAACGGCGGAAGCGGGAGCCCCCAAGGGCCAAGGAGCCACGAGGAGUGAAUGGUGUGGGCUCCUCAGGCCCCAGUGAGUACAUGGAGGUCCCUCUGGGGUCCCUGGAGCUGCCCAGCGAGGGGACCCUCUCCCCCAACCACGCUGGGGUGUCCAAUGACACGUCUUCACUGGAGACAGAGCGAGGAUUUGAGGAGCUGCCCCUCUGCAGCUGCCGCAUGGAAGCGCCCAAGAUCGACCGCAUCAGUGAGAGAGCGGGGCACAAGUGCAUGGCCACGGAGAGUGUGGAUGGAGAGCUGUCCGGCUGCAAUGCCGCAAUCCUCAAGCGGGAGACCAUGAGACCCUCAAGCCGUGUGGCACUGAUGGUCCUCUGCGAGACCCACCGUGCCCGCAUGGUCAAACACCACUGCUGUCCAGGCUGUGGCUACUUCUGCACGGCGGGCACCUUCCUUGAGUGCCACCCCGACUUCCGCGUGGCCCACCGCUUUCACAAGGCCUGCGUGUCCCAGCUGAAUGGAAUGGUCUUCUGCCCCCACUGUGGGGAGGAUGCAUCUGAGGCCCAAGAGGUGACCAUCCCCCGGGGGGACGGGGUGACCCCACCGGCCGGCACUGCAGCCCCUGCCCCCCCACCCCUGGCCCAGGAUGCCCCCGGGAGAGCAGAUACUUCCCAGCCCAGUGCCCGGAUGCGAGGGCAUGGGGAGCCCCGGCGUCCACCCUGUGAUCCCCUGGCCGACACUAUCGACAGCUCGGGGCCCUCCCUCACCCUGCCCAACGGGGGCUGCCUCUCAGCCGUGGGACUGCCCACUGGGCCAGGCCGGGAGGCCCUGGAAAAGGCCCUGGUCAUCCAGGAGUCAGAGAGGAGGAAGAAACUCCGUUUCCACCCCCGCCAGUUGUACCUGUCAGUGAAGCAGGGGGAGCUGCAGAAGGUGAUCCUGAUGCUGUUGGACAACCUGGACCCCAACUUCCAGAGUGACCAGCAGAGCAAGCGCACGCCUUUGCACGCGGCUGCCCAGAAGGGCUCUGUGGAGAUCUGCCACGUGCUGCUGCAGGCCGGUGCUAACAUCAAUGCAGUGGACAAGCAGCAGCGGACACCGUUGAUGGAGGCCGUGGUGAACAACCACCUUGAGGUGGCCCGCUACAUGGUUCAGCGUGGAGGCUGCGUCUACAGCAAGGAAGAGGAUGGCUCCACCUGCCUCCACCACGCAGCCAAAAUUGGGAACUUGGAGAUGGUCAGCCUGCUGCUCAGCACAGGGCAGGUGGAUGUGAACGCCCAGGACAGUGGAGGGUGGACACCCAUUAUCUGGGCGGCAGAGCACAAGCACAUCGAGGUGAUCCGCAUGCUGCUGACCCGGGGCGCGGACGUUACCCUCACAGACAAUGAGGAAAACAUCUGCCUGCACUGGGCCUCGUUCACGGGCAGUGCCGCCAUCGCCGAGGUCCUCUUGAAUGCCCGCUGCGACCUGCACGCUGUCAACUACCAUGGGGACACGCCCCUGCAUAUCGCAGCGCGGGAGAGCUACCACGACUGCGUGCUGUUGUUCCUGUCCCGUGGGGCAAACCCUGAACUCCGCAACAAGGAGGGGGACACCGCAUGGGACCUGACUCCUGAGCGCUCCGACGUGUGGUUUGCACUCCAGCUCAACCGCAAGCUGCGGCUUGGGGUAGGGAAUAGGGCCAUCCGCACCGAGAAGAUCAUCUGCCGGGACGUGGCUCGGGGCUACGAGAAUGUGCCCAUCCCCUGUGUCAACGGCGUGGAUGGGGAGCCCUGCCCCGAGGAUUACAAGUACAUCUCGGAGAACUGUGAGACGUCUACCAUGAACAUCGACCGCAACAUCACGCACCUGCAGCACUGCACGUGUGUGGACGACUGCUCCAGCUCCAACUGCCUGUGCGGCCAGCUCAGCAUCCGCUGCUGGUAUGACAAGGACGGGCGGCUGUUGCAGGAAUUUAACAAGAUUGAGCCCCCGUUGAUUUUCGAGUGUAACCAGGCGUGCUCCUGCUGGAGAAACUGCAAGAACCGAGUAGUGCAGAGUGGCAUCAAGGUGCGAUUGCAGCUCUACCGGACAGCUAAGAUGGGCUGGGGGGUCCGAGCCCUGCAGACUAUCCCCCAGGGGACUUUCAUCUGCGAGUAUGUUGGGGAGCUGAUCUCCGAUGCUGAGGCCGACGUGAGAGAAGAUGACUCUUAUCUCUUCGACUUAGACAACAAGGAUGGAGAGGUGUACUGCAUCGAUGCCCGUUACUACGGCAACAUCAGCCGCUUCAUCAACCACCUGUGUGACCCCAACAUCAUCCCCGUGCGUGUCUUCAUGCUGCAUCAAGACCUGCGGUUUCCACGAAUUGCCUUCUUCAGUUCCCGAGACAUCCGGACUGGGGAGGAGCUGGGGUUUGACUAUGGUGACCGCUUCUGGGACAUCAAAAGUAAAUAUUUCACCUGUCAGUGUGGCUCUGAGAAGUGCAAGCACUCAGCCGAGGCCAUCGCCCUGGAGCAGAGCCGACUGGCCCGCCUGGAUCCCCACCCUGAGCUGCUUCCUGAGCUCAGCUCACUGCCGCCUGUCAAUCCCUGAGAGUGGACCACGGCCUCCCCUCUCACUCCUGGAUGACCACCUGCUCAGCAGCCACCUGUGCCGCCUGCUGCUCAGGCCCACGCCGGGCUGCUGUCUUUCCUCCACCUCUCCCUUCACACAUUCCUUGGCCAGAGACCCCAGCCAGGCCCUGGAGGUCUGACAGCCUGUCUCCCAGAGCUGGUUCUUCCCUGGGAGGGUGACUUCAGGGCUGGCCGCACCCCUGUUCCCCAUCCUCAGCUGAAGUUUGAUGAAUUCAAAUUGGGCCUCUAUGCCAACUGGUUUCUUUUGUUCUGAAUAAAUGUUGGAUUUGGUAAUAAA